UCGGUGAGUGAAAAGCACAUCGCGUGUACCCUCAGUGCACUUGACGCGACCGAUUACCGCGAAAACUAGUGAAAAGCAACAUUUCACUGAAAUGUGACGAGUCUUAAAAUACAGCAAGAAAUUAAAUUGUUCUUUACCAAAGUAGUAAAAAAUGCCAUAUAGUAAAUCGUAUACCAAAUAACACCAUAAGAAGAAAACCAGAAAGAGGAGAAAGGAGAGAAAAUAAUUGUACAUUCCGUGCUAUGAAACUUGCAUCUUUAUUUUAAAGUGAUAAAAAUGAAUUCGUGCAUGUAGGUGGAAUUUAUUGAAGUGCGUGAGUUGUAAAAAAGUGCAGUUUUUCGGAUAUACAAAAAUGAUGAAGAAGGAGAAGCCAAUGAUGUCGGUGACGGCAAUCAUCCAGGGAGCACAGGCACAGCAUUGGGCCCGAGGAAAUACUUGGCUGAGUCUGGAAAACAGUAACAUGUCGAUGUCUUCGAUGGGUCCACAAAGUCCGCUGGACAUGAAACCAGACACGGCGAGCCUUAUGAACCCUGGAAAUUUCAGUCCCUCUGGUCCCAAUAGUCCAGGAUCCUUUAGUGUUGGUUGUCACAGCAAUAUCCUCAGUACUUCCCCUAGUGGGCAAAACAAAGGGGCAGGUUCUCCUUACCCUCCAAAUCAUCCACUUUCUGGAAGCAAACACCUUUGCUCCAUAUGUGGAGAUCGGGCCAGUGGAAAGCACUAUGGCGUCUAUAGUUGCGAAGGUUGCAAGGGUUUCUUCAAACGAACAGUCCGGAAGGACCUCUCCUACGGUUGUCGAGAAGAAAAGACAUGCAUUAUUGAUAAAAGACAGAGGAAUCGAUGCCAGUAUUGUCGGUACCAAAAAUGCUUGGCAAUGGGCAUGAAGAGAGAAGCUGUCCAGGAGGAGCGCCAGAGGACCAAGGAACGAGAUCAAAGUGAGGUCGAGAGUACCAGCAGUUUACACUCCGAUAUGCCGGUUGAACGAAUCCUCGACGCCGAGAACAGAGUCGAGUGCAAGGUGGAGAAUCAAGGAAACUACGAGAAUCCUGUUUCUAACAUUUGUAUUGCAACGAACAAACAGCUUUAUCAACUUGUCGAAUGGGCUAAGCAUAUUCCACACUUCACCUCUUUGCCAAUCGAGGAUCAAGUACGGUUACUGAGGGCAGGCUGGAAUGAGUUGUUGAUUGCUGCUUUCUCGCAUAGGUCCGUUGACGUCAAGGACGGAAUUGUCCUGACGAGUGGCAUCACCAUCUACAGAAACUCGGCGCAGCAGUCCGGCGUGGGCCCCAUUUUUGAACGUGUUCUCUCGGAAUUGGUAUCGAAAAUGCGAGAGAUGAAGAUGGACAAGACAGAACUCGGCUGUCUGAGGACGAUAAUCUUAUUUAAUCCUGAGGUCCGAGGCCUUAAGUCAGCGCAGGAAGUUGACCUCCUGAGGGAGAAAGUUUAUGCAGCUCUCGAAGAGUAUACAAGGGCGACCAAGCCGGACGAACCUGGCAGAUUCGCUAAAUUGCUGCUGCGUUUGCCCCCGCUCAGGUCGAUUGGCCUCAAGUGUCUCGAGCACCUUUUCUUCUUCAGGUUAAUCGGCGACAUGCCGAUCGACGCCUUUCUCACCGAAAUGCUGGAGUCGUCGCCUCGUUUGAUGGAGGACUCUUAGGAGGAGGCGGUGUGCCGCGUUUUGGGGCACACCGAUCUCUAAAGUCGGAAGCCGCCAAUCUCGAUAUUUUACAUCACUCGUCACCAGGAUUCGAUUGAUCCGAUUGAGAAAAGUGACUUCGGCUUUAAAACAUCGCAUCACGAUUCGCAUCAUCGUGCUUUUAUUAUUCAGAAAUUUUUAUUAGAUUUCAAAAGUCUUAAUUAGGUUCGAUAUGAAUCUAUUUUAUAGAAAUUAGAUCAUUUUUAUUCAUUUUUUUUAAAUAACUGCUCUAAAGACUAUAAUACCGCUUUUCAAGUAUUCUGAAGAACCCGUUCAUAAUCAAUUAUCCGAUUUUUACUUUAGAAAGCUUUUUUUUUUGUUUUUUUUUUUUUGCUUAUUUGAUUCUUUGACAUCCGAUGGUCGAAUUGAAAGAUUAAAUUUCGUUUUCUUGUAUUUUUUAUUUUUACACUUUGUUGCUGAGCGAAGAUUUUCGCUGACUUUUCCCAAAAGUCGAUGCGAAUCGCGAGUCUUGUUCGCGAGCAAUACGUGCGGUUUAAUUAUUAAUAACGAUAUUGAAUUAGUGUACAUUGCGUUAAUUUAUUGUUUUGUAUAUUAGCGCUGCGAGAAAAAUGUUAGGAAUGACUGAAAAGGUGAGGAGCGUAAAACUAUAGGGCAUGGGUGAGAAAAACAUGAAACAUAUUAAUUCUACGUUCAUCUAUGUUUUUUAGCAUAAUUUGUUUUAUUUAAAGUAAUAGGAAAUCGAAUUUUGCGUAAGAGAGAUACUAUAUUUUAUAGUAGAAAAUCGUUUGCAAUUUUAGAAAUUCAUUUUAUUCGAGAGAUUUUUUAUCAUAUUUUAGGCGUGUUUUUCGAUAAUCAUUGAAGAAAAUUAUAUAUUUCAUGAUUUAGCGGAAUUUUUUACUAUUUUUUUUUAAUGUUAACUUAUUAUAUUCUAAUUAACUGACUUUAAAUGUUUAUGUGAAGUUUUGGAACAAUUUCGUUAAUUUAUAAUCGCUUGUUUUCAAUGAGCAAUUUUUAAUCGAAAUCUUAUUAGGUACUUCAUUUUAAUUGGGCGUAUACUUACUACUGUAAUUAUAAAGGAAAGCAAGCUAUUAUAACGGUAACUAUUAGAAAUAUUUCUAUUUUUGUGUGAGUGACUACGGUUGUUAGUUGUUGGUUGUUGUUAUCUACUUCACGAGAGUCUUUAAUGUUACGCCUCAAAUGGCGAGGAAGUCCGGCAUGAAAUUUCUCCACUUUCCUUCUUUCCACAAGGUACAAUAUUUAAGCUACUCAGGAAAAAAUAUUGAAUUUCGCGUUGUAGAACUGCGUCAUUAGUUAUUUUACGCUACGGUGUUACAAUUUAUUUCAGUGUUUAUGAAUGCGGUAUGUAUAAAUAUUAAAGAAGAAGAAUAUUUCAGAUCGGAAGGCAACAUUUUCGACUUGAUUCGAGUGCAGGGUGGCCACUGGAACAUGAAAAACGGGAAAAUUUCGCUUGAUAUCACAAUAUUCCAAUUUGAAAUUGCAGAAUUUUUUAAAUACUUGAAAUUUUAAUGGUCUGAGUUCAAAAGAUUUAUUUUACAUUUUAAAAUCAUUUCGAUUUCAAACUGAAUUGUAUUAUUUGAAAUUAAAGUCUAGAUAGUUCAAAAAUUUGUUCAAUUGUGAAUGAAUAUAAUUUCAGUGUUCUAAAUCUGAAAUGUUGAACGGUUGUAAGUUUAAAUUUUAAUUAAAAUAACUUUAACGAUUUUCAGUGUAAAAAAAUGUCUGAUUGCAGUAUUCUAAUUUAAAAAUUGUCCAGUUUUACACGACUUUUGGAAUCGUUUAAUUUUCGACACUUUAUUGUUGAAAUUGUUUAAUAUAGAAGGGUAAAAAUGUGAGUACAGCAAUAUGGAAAAAAAUAUUUAUUUUUUGUUGUUGUAAAAAUGUGUAAUAUUCUAUAUUAGAAACUACAAUUUUUUCUUAAAAUUCGGACACUGAGCACUGAGCAAACUUGCCUCGAUUUUUUACGUUUCUAUUCAAAUUUUUAAAUAUGAACAGGGUGACCUCUGGACCGGGAAAACCGGGAAUUUUUCGAGAUCGGGAAAUGACAGUGAUUUUUUUGUUUACAGCGAA